CAUCAUUCUUCUUCAAUUUCCCACUCCUCUAUAAACAUCCACAAAUUUCUUAUCAUAUACCAUCCAAUAAAACUUGACACGUCACAUCUCAAGUACUCGAUCAGUUAAAACCGCACACGUGUAAAAAACAUAUAGGUCGACCAUUCUGGAUAUCGUGAAACUCCCAUCAUCUUAUCAUAACCCAACCGAAAAAGAGAACUAGUUACAUAACUACAGAGCCUUAAAAAAAAGGAAGAUAAAAAAGAGAGAAGGUUCGCUUAAACGUCUCUCUCUCUCUCUCUUUCUCUCUCCGAAGGUUUCUUUCUCUCUCUUCAUUCCUUGCUUUGUUUCGUCGAAGAGAAGAGAGAGAAAAAACCAAACCCAUGAGCAUAUCAACCUAACCAACCACUCUCGUUGUUGUAGCUUCGUCUUCGAGUUUUCAUCUCUCUCGGAAAGAAUUGGAAGUUUAUUUCUUUUUGUUUUGGGUUUUUUCGGUUUUGUUUUGGGGUUGCUUUGAAGAAGAUGUUGGUAGCUAAUAGUUUCGAUCUAUGGCGAAAAGACGUUUUUUUCUCUGCAGCAGAAGAGGUGCAGGAAUCAGCGGAUAUAAUGGAAUCGGCAUACCGGGCAUGGUUAAGAGAGAGGAGAGAAAGGUCGAAUUCCAAGGAAUUAAAUGAAUUAUGCAGAGAACUUCAAACUGCUUUAGGUACUGCUAAAUGGCAGUUGGAAGAAUUUGAGAAAGCUGUUAGUCUAAGCUACCGACAUCUUGGUGACGACAACCGAGCCACUAGGCACAGGCAAUUUAUUUCUGCCAUUGAGAGCCAAAUUUCCCAGGUUGAAGCAGCUAUGAGGGAAUCUUUUAUUGAGGAAGGUAAGCAACCGCUUCGGUGGGUGAGUCUGGAUGAAGAAGAGCGAGAUGAUUUUGCCGCAUUUCUAUCUGGAACCUGUGAAACCAUACAAAGCACUAAAGAUGAAUGCAUUGAUGUUUCUCCUUUGACAAAAAUCUCACUUUGGGAGAAACAAGUGAGCAAAGAAGAUAAAAAUGUAAUUGUAAAUGCUUUUCGCAGCUGGGAUAGUUCUACUAAUGAAAAGGCUUCUAUGGAUGCCAUUGCUGUUAACAAGGACACAGAUUACGCAAUAGAAAUAAAAGCAGAUGCCAUUUCUAGAAAUAGUGAUGAUGUAGUUUCUCCAACCGAUAGAACAACUAGUACAAGGAAGACGUGGAGUCCUCCACCAAACUAUGGUGCUUUAAGAAUUGUAGUUGCUGAUGAAGAUGAGCAGAGAAAUAAACUUUUGCGGCCUGUUGAUGCCACCCCUAAAGAGAAAGGACUUAAACAUCUCUUCUGGAAACAAAAAUUUGAAGAAUAUCCGCAGGCAAUGCGAGCAGUUCAUAUGUUCAAUCAGGUUUUUGGUCGCAUUGGAUUAUGCCAGAGACAGUUUCAAAAUCCCUUGCAUUUGCGAUAUGGUCGUUCUCUUAAAGUUACACUCAUUCUAAUGCUGACCAUCUUUCUCCUUGUUCCCUUUGUAUUUUAUUCAACUUGAGCUAAACGGCUUCUUCACUCAAUCAAAUCAAGAGGGUUUUUCAUAGAUAAAAAAAGAAGAUAGGUGAGUGGGACAAGUCAGUCCGGUAAAGGGACAGUCAAGACAAUCUGUGUCAACCUUGUUCUAUUUAAUUAGUGGUUGUUAUUAUUAUUAUUAUUGUUACUACUAGAUUAGUCUAUAAGAUGAAUGAAUGAAAUUAAUUGUGUUGUGAGUGGACGCCGACAGCACAACCACUACCAACCUCCUUCCUACUGGUGGGUGGUGUAGGAAUAGGACUAGGAUAUGUGGGGCUGUUAUUAUUAAGUGUAUAUACAUUCAUUCAUUCGUUCAUCAUCUAAUAUUUAAUGUAAUACAACUUCCACUAUGCUACUGGUAUUUGUUUGCAAGAUAAAUCAAUGCAAUGCAAUGCAAGCUUAAAUUUUAA